UCUGGCUGUUAAAACUCACGCUGUUUGACGCGCAUUAUCUGAAGAAGAAAAAAAAUCAACGAUCUCUCUCUAAUCUUCACCACCGUCUGCAUCACCGGAACCCUAACCCUAAUUCAACAAAUCAACUAUGCUUCUAACUCCCGGACAUUCACCACGCCACCUCGAGUCUCCGUCGCCCUCAUCAUCAACAAAUCCCGAAACUACCCUUCAAGUAUCAAACAAUUCCACACCACAAAACCCUAGAAAACGUACCAGAGUUCUCGACGAGGAUGCCUACGUGGCUGCAAUCGAGAAAAUCAUCGAACGUGACUUCUUCCCCGACAUCUCUAAACUCCGGGACCGUCUCGAUUGGCUUGAAGCGGUGAAAACCGGAGACCCGAUUCAAAUCCGUGACGCUCAACUGAAGAUCAUCGAACGCCGCCGUGGAAAAAGUGUAAAUGUUUCUGACCCUGAUGGUCGUAGUUCUAGAAUUAUAUCUCGUACCCCUGGUUCUACUUUUAUGCGAAAUUUUACUCCUUUAGAUGAAUUUGAUAUAAAUACUAGUAAUUUAAAUAGAACUCCGCGUUUCGGUCAGGGAGAGAUUAAUGAUAGUAAUGAGGGUGGUACUGGUGGUGAUGUUGUUAAUGAUUCGUUGAGUUUAGAUGAGUUUUUUAGACGGUAUACGAGCGAAGAUAACGAUAGUUUUUCGAAGAUUUUAGAGAAAGUUAAUAGAAAAAGAAAGGAAAAGUAUGUUCAUUUACUAGAGGGAGAAAACGAAGAUGUUAAAUUGAUUGAGGGUGAUAAGAGAGAUAGGAUUACGGAUGGGUAUGGUACGUCUGGUCAGCCUGUGAGUACAUUAGAAGGGUGGAAUUACACGGCAAAGAAUUUGUUGAUGUAUCACCCAGCUGAUAGAGGUGAGGCUUCGUUGACGGAAGAGGAAGCUGCAGUUAGAUUGAGGGGUUUGACAAAAGAAAUUAGUAUGUCGAAUACACGGUUUCAUGGAAAAAUGUUGGAUUCUAGACCGAAAGAUGAUGGUAGUCUUGAGGUUCUUUAUGCUCCGAUUAUUGGAGGUACUCCUCUUCCUAUGUCAUGUAGAGAUGUGGAUAAAAUGAAGAAGUAUGAUCUAGAGGAUUUUAAGAAGACUCCGGAUAAAUUUUAUGUUGAAUCAGGGAAGAAGGCAGAUAAUGGGUAUAGUUUUGUUAGGACUCCUUCGCCAGCUCCGGGGGUUGAUGGAUCACCUUUUAUUACGUGGGGUGAGAUUGAGGGGACACCAAUGAGGUUGGAGAGUGAAGAUACACCGAUUGAUAUUGGUGGUAGCAGUGAUGGAGCUCAUUUUAGAAUUCCAAAUCCACCUGUAAGAGAUGUUAAGGCCCACUCGCUGUCUAGGGAUGCUGCACGGAAGGUAAGGGAGAGGUCAAAGAUGUUUCAAAAGCCUCCAUUGCAUUCUCCAGGAAGAGGAGGUAGUGCUAGUCCAAAUGCGCGUACGUUUUCUCCUGCUGCACAGAAAUUUAUGAGGAAUGCCAUUUCUAAGUCUACAUCUUCUGUUGAUGAAUCGCUUCGUGCUAGUUACAGAGGAUCAAGCCCUGGAAUCAGCACUCCAAAGAGUAUUAGAAGUGUCUCUAGGUUUGGAAGAGACGAAAGCAUGAGAUCAAGGUCACCAUCUGUAAGGGAGAAUUCCAAUCCUCCUUGGUGAAAAUAUAUUUUUCUUCUUGAUAAGGUGUUUCAAUUAGUAAGUAGCUGCUCUCUUGUGGUAUAUAUAUGCAGCACUAAACCUUUUGUCUUCAAGGAUGCAUGUAUAAGUUGAUACGUUUAAUUUCCUUGUUUACAUGGUUGUUGAGCUUAAAGGAAAUAACAGUCACGACUUGUUGUUAAUGUAUUAAAUAAGUGUUCAGUUAAUGCUUAAGUUUAAUUUGUCAGAAA